GUUGCAACAUUAAUAUUUCCAUUUUUCUUCUUUUCAUUUUUUUUCUUUUAAUAGUUAUGAUAUACUGAGAUUUCUCAACAUCUUGCAAACUAGUUUGGUACUAUGGAAUCAUACUUCAUCAUUCACUAUGACUUCAAUUCCUAUAAUUUUUCUUAGGAUCGAUUUGUUGGUCGCUUCUUUUCUCUAGAUUCUGACAUAUUUUAAAGCGCUAAUAUUGCAUGUAGGAUCUUUUAGCAAGCGAAGGCAACUUUUCUUGGAGCAGCAAAGCAAAAGAAAAAUGAGACUCAGCGGACCCAAUACUCCUUCAUUUGAUUGAUAAUAAUCUUUUUUUUUUUUCAAUUUAUGUGUCUUUUAUUUAUUGGAUGGACUUGGUUUAGUGUGUUGGUUUGAUUUGGUAAUUUGUUUUUUGUUGUAAUUAAGUUGUCAAGCAUGUUGUGUUAUGGGAUUUCUACUCUGUUUGAUUGAUAAAAUGUGACUCUUUAUCAAUUUGAAAUGUAAUUUUUGUAAUACCUUUCAUGUUUGAUAUAUUGUUAUAAUUGUAAAUUCCAUUUACUUGGCUGAGGUGAGCACUGGAGAACACUAUGGCAACCCUUCAUCACCAGCCUUCUUCCAACUUUGCAGGAAAGGGAGAUCCAUCUAGGAAUCACCACAACAGAAUAGGCACGGCAUGGUGGGAAAUUACAGCUUUAAAAUAAUUGCUCAGCUCUCAUAAAUUUCAAUUAGUGCUACAUGCAAAAAGAAAUUGAAAAAAUUCAAGAAGAAGAAAGAAGGGACUCAAUU